AUGAACUACACUGAGGAAGUGAGACAUGGCUUUCACACCAAAGGUUCCCACCAUGAGAACAUCCUGUUUGCUAGCUUUUACAUCCUGGUCUUUGUGGUCGCCGUGCCUGGCAACAUUUUGGCACUGUGGGUGUUCUGUCGUCAGGCUGACACCUCACCCUCCAAGCUCUUUCUAAAACACCUGGCCAUAGCAGAUGUCUCCUACGUGCUGAUCUUGCCCAUGCGGAUGGUCUACCACUUCUCAGACAGCCGCUGGCCCUUUGGAGAUGUCCCCUGUCGCCUGGUGGGGUUUCUCUUCUACCUCAACAUGUACUGCAGUCUUUACUUCAUGACCUGCAUCAGCCUGGACCGCCUCUUGGCCCUGGUCCUACCGCUCAAAUCACGGUCAAUGAGGAAGGCUUCAUAUGCCCGAGUGGUCGUGGUGAUCCUGUGGGUCACAGUGACCGUGUCUAUGGCUCCCUUGCUAUUCUCCAAAAAACAGACGACGAUUCAGGUUGACAACACAACCGUGGUCAUGUGUAACCAGCUGUACUUGGAAAAGACUUCUCCCAAAGCACUGGUGUCAACCAUGGUGGCGUUUAUUAUUCCUCUGGUCACUAUAGGGGUCUCCUAUAUAUUAAUCCUAUUGAAGCUGAGGGGCAUCAAGCAACAGGAGGGAAGCUCGAUCAGAGACAAGGCUAUCAGGAUGAUCAUUCUCAUCAUGGUGAACUUCCUGGUUGCUUUUGUGCCCUAUCACUUGAACCGUUUCAUCUACAUUGAGAGACACACUCAUAGCGACAUGGAAACUGCGUCCAUUGAGGCUCUGGCACUAGCCAACCGAGUCACUUCCGCACUAACCUGUCUGAGUGGAGCUUUGGAUCCUAUUAUGUACUUUUAUUUGGCAAGGACUUAUCAAAGUAUACUGCUGCAGCUGUUCUGUAGAGACAGGAGAGCGGACCAGCCAACCACAACCUGA